AGUUUGGUGUCAACGAAUACAGUGAAUUCAGUGCAAACGCAGUGUGCUAAGGCAGGAGUUUAUUGGCGAUAAAAUAUCACCGGACGAAAAUAAUAGCACAUAUUUAUAUUUGCAUAAAAUCAAAAUGUUUCAACUCUUACCGUUGAUUGCGCUACUGAUCUCACUGCAAACAGUCUGCGCUAUACCACUCCGCGACUACAAUCAUGACAACGACCAAACGCCCACAAUGCACACAUAUCAGGUAUCAUCCGAAAGUGUAGAUCCUGUGACCGAUUUUCCACAUUCCGCCGACGAGCCGAUACUACACGAAUUGGACGAGGCAUUGACUAAAUUGCCUAACGUUUACAUGCAGGCUCUGUUCUCAGGUACACACACAUCCGAGUUAGAGGUGGAGUUGGACGCUUUGGAGAUGCGACUUUUCGAUCUUCUGGACUCGCUCUACAAGGAGAACCGUAUGGCGGAAUAUAUGAAAUAUGAAGCUGAGGUUACACACAAAAUGAUCGUUUAUAACUUGUUGAAAAAGCUCUUUGGCUAUGCGAAGGAAGAAUAAUAGGACUAGAGUAUGGGGAAGAAACGGACAAAGCCAUAGAAGUCGCAAGUGUAAAGAUCACCAGAGCAAAAUUUGCUUUUGAUUAUUUUGCAAUGAUACAUUUGCUCUGUUUCGUGCAAGAAUUCGAGUGAUUUGGCUUCAUGGCCUGGGUGUGCGUACUAAAGGAAAUAAUCGUUGCCUAGCAUCAGUUGGCAGUGAAUUAGUACGAGCACUUUGGGCAUACAAAGCGGACAUUUUUUAGGUGUUUAAAUUUAAAGUGUCAUAGUAGACAUUUUGUCCACAGUAGACAAAUUUCGUGUAUAAGUUGGCUUAUAUGAAUUUUGCUUUCGCUAAGGUAACCCGUUUGAGUAGAGAUUUAUGUAGCGGACCAAAUUUGAACUGCUUUUCUGACUUAAUCAAAUGGGCGUGGAUUUAAUGUAGUUAUUUACAAAAUUAUAUUAAGUGUUAGGAUAAUAUAGCUGCAUUUGUGAAAACGUACAUUUAACUUUUAAACGCUAAUAAAAGUUUUUUAGUGUUAGU